CUUCUCUCCCCUCCGCAGAGCACCCUCGCCCAGCAGAGCGCUCCGGAGGUGCCGGCAGCCGCCAGUAUUUUUUGUCUGUCUUGUUUGUGUGUUUGUUGGGUUUUGUUUUUGUUAUUUUUUCCCCUCGUUUUCACUUGGCUUUCUAGUCUCGCUGGGAAUGGCAGAGGCAGCGGCGCUUGGAAAAGGAACAAGUGUGGGGAAAGGAAGAGGGAGCCGGAGCUAAAUGACAGGAUGCGGGCGGCUUGAGGCACAGAGAGAAGCCAGCCUCCUUCUGCCCCCGAGACUGCCCCUGCGGACCGUGCUUUCUGCUCCUCAUUCCUGCUGGAGAAUUUAAGGAACAGUUGUGCGUGGAGGGCAUUUUUAUUUUUUUCCUCUUUUCCCUGCUGUCGGAAGGGAAAAUGGAUUGGGGACUUCUCCUGCACUGUGCAGCCCUCACCUUCACCCUCGCCAGGGCUCUGCGGAGCGACAAGUGUGGCGACACGAUCAAAAUUUUAAGCCCCGGGUACCUGACGUCUCCCGGCUACCCGCAGUCCUACCACCCCAGCCAGAAGUGCGAGUGGCUGAUCCAGGCUCCGGAGCCCUACCAGCGCAUCAUGAUCAACUUCAACCCGCACUUCGACCUGGAGGACCGCGACUGCAAGUGAGUGCAGGAGCCG